AUGAAUGUGACCAGGAUUGCCAUCCAGGGAAGGGCUCAUAGUACUGAAUUCGUUACCGAAUUUGCCAUCAGUUACGGACACAACGGGUUGGACUAUGCUGAUUAUAAGGAACCUGGAGGUUACACUAAGGUAGAAAGGGAUAAAGGAAAUAGGAAUAGAUCCUUUUCCAAAGUAUUCAAUGACGAUGCAGAGUUUUCAACACAAAUUCUGGCUUUGUCGAGAUCAGAAAUAAAGGGUUCUAAAAAGAUCUAUAAAAUUCUAGCCAGUAUCAACGUUUUUUGCCAACUAAUACAAUUCGAAAGUGUGAGAAGAAAAGCACUGAUACAAAUUUCUGUACUAUUGGGCCACUCCGUAAUGCACGUUAGGAAAACUACUGCCACUAAAUUCUACGAGGCUCUUAUAAUUCAUUCGGAUUGUCUGGACAUACCUGGUGAUGACCUGGACGAGGUGAUGACUUAUUUGUCAGAAGGAAAUUGGGAUGGUUCCGUACAAGAAGUUCGAACUAUGAGAAACGAUGUAUGCAAAUUAUUGGGGGUGCCUCCACCGAUAACUCCUGGAUCUUCACAAAAUAAAUAGUUAAAAUUAUUUACUGAAGAUAUUCCCUCCUUUGUGUGAUGCAAACGAUAUAAAAAACAAUUGUAUGUGAUAAGUAUGCUUGACUAAGAAAAC